CAUCCCUCUAAGUGUACACAGUGCUCCUCCUGCUCAUUAUUUCUUUCAAAUCUACUUCAAGCUAUGUAGUGCCUGUAUCUAUUGAUUCAUGAUUAGAUUCAAGAUUUAUCACGAUCAUGUCUCCCUACCAACACCUAUUCAGCGCAAACACAGUGCUAAACGUCUUCCGCAACCUACGCGCAACGACCCGCGAUCAGAACGACUUGCUCCUGACUUUCCAAUACCACCCCGACGACAUCCGGCAUGCGAGGGGCCUUGGAAAGGGGGUGAGGAACGCAGAUUCAGGGGAAGAGAGGGAUGGGAGGAGGAGUAGGAGAGAUAGGAUGGAUAGGAUGGGUGGGAUGGGAGGAGGGAGUGGAGGCAGGAGUAUUGGAUUCGUGGUUCCGUGGCGGAGUAUGCAGUCGCAGAAACGGGAGUUGAGCGAGAAGGAGAGGGAGUUGGCGGAGGCAUUGGUGGUGUUGGCGGGGGAGGUGGUGUUUACGGAUCUCCCCUCCUCUCUUCAAUCCUCACUCGCCCACAACCCACUCAUCCAAAUCCGCCACAUCGCCGCUGGUAUCUCACGCCAAAUGUCGAAAAUCGAGCUUCAAAUGGCUGAUAACGCACCCUUCGCCCUCGGAAAAAACCUCUACACCGGCGGCGAAAUUGUCCGGAAAUUCUUGUCCCCGAUACAAACACUCUUCAGCCAACGCCUAGUGCCACAGCGCAUGAUUUUUGAAUUGUUAAUGGAGCUGAAGGAUUUGGUGUUUUUGGGUAUGGUGGGUUGUGAUAAGGAGGUGUUGGAGUGGGAGUUAAAUGGAUUUUCGAGUUUUGAGGAUCUCGAUGAGGCGAUUGUUAGGGCUGUUGUACCUCUGUCGGUAGCUGAGGAAGAGGAGGGGAAAGAUCAGUUUCAGAAACGGCUCCAAAGCAUGACGAAAACCGACGAGAAACCGCCAUCGAGCACCAGCACCAGCACCAAUGACUCCAGAUCCUGGCUCUUAGUCUCCUCAACUGACUCCGAAGAAGAGAUACUCUACCAUCUCGAAUCUCUCGAAACGACUGCAACCGCCCUCUCUCAUCUCGCUCUCCCCAUCGAUGACUUCUGCGCUAAAUCCACUAUCACUCUUCGUCGCAUGAUGGACCGUCGUAUCCUUGCCGAAUUCGCGAGCAGCAAGAAGAGGAGGGUGGGAAGGUGUGCUGAGUAUGCACGGUGUAUGAAGUGGGCGGGAACGGCGUGGAGACAGGGCGGCGGUUGCAGGAGGGGGUGUAGGAAUGAGGAUGAGGAUCCAGAGGCCCUGCCAUGUUGGCACAGUAGUAGUCGGCAUUUUGAUAGAAGAGGCACGUAUAUGCUUGGAGGUUCAAAGGAGGAGGUGAGCGAGGAGGUAGGGGUAUCUGAUGGGGCCUUGAAGUUGCGGUCUUGAGAAGCGGGGGAAUGGAAGUUUUCGUCACAUAUCUUUUCCAGGUGUGCAGGGGGCGUUUUAGGUGUUUAUGCUUUUGUUUUUUUGGGUUGGG